AUGACCUGUCCCAAAGGCCACUACCUGUCUGACGAUGGCGUCAACGUGCCCGAGUGUCUUCGCUGCGAGAGAGGCACCUACAUGCCCAUCUCCAGACACAGCAUGGUGAGUUGCGAGCCGUGCACGCGGGCGAGUGUAUAUCUCAACGAAGUAGAGUUGGCGGGAUGUACCUCGGUUAAAGACACGCUCAUCGUGUGUCGAGAGGGAUACUUCCGGUCAGUGUCUCAUGCGGGAGAUGACGAGUUUGAUGCUAAGGACUCAGAAGAUUGUAACAAGUGUUCUCGGUGUCAAGAUGAUGCCAAGAAACCGUAUGAAAUUGCGAAGUGCGGAUUGUACUCGGAUACACUGUGCUGCGAAGAACGUGAUAUGGAAGCUUUUGUAAAUGAAUUCAAUAUCUCGCUAUGCGCGGCUCCCACAUACAGCGAUAGUAAUCCACUGCGUUGCCGGAUGGGUCAGUAUGUUAAAAUUCUCGAUUCUGGGAGACGUUCGUGUCAGCCCUGCCCUGGCCAACAUUUCAUGUCGGUAGGCAAUCACACAAACCAAGCAUGCAAGCCAUGCACUGUAGCAGACGAUUUCAACGAGGAGAUAGUCGCGGAACCCUGCAACCCUAUCAGCGACACUGUCAUAGCUUGUACUGAAGGGUUUUAUCGAAAAGUUCCAAAUAAUCCUGACGUAGACACCGGAAGUUGCACCCCGUGUAGGUCUUGCGAAUUCGAUCAUUUCAAUAAAUUUGAAGGCCAGAAAUGUGGAAAGUUUUCCGACACGGUUUGCUGUCAGUGGCCGAAUAUGGUAGUUACCAAGG